GACAAGGAUGGUAAUGUGCAGGAUGAAUUUUUGUUUCCUUUUAAUGGAAAGGAAAGAGGUGGGGCAGGGAGGAGGAAUUGGCCUUAUUUUUUUUAACAAUAAAUUUAAGUCCUCCAUUUUAAGUUUCACUAAAUACCUCUUUACAUCCUGUUUUCAAGCAUAUAGUAUUGUCCCCUACUAAUAAGAUGGGAGAGGGAGCUGGUGUCUGAAUAUUAAAAGGGUAUAUAGAGAGAUCUGUUACAUGGUUUCUUCACUAGGCAACCACUUCCACUUCUUUCCCCCCCAACACCUUUCUUCUGCAAAAGAGUUCAGUGGUGGGAUUGGGAUCCACCACCACUCCUAUCAAAGAAUCAGCAUGGCUCUUAAACAAAUAGGGCUUAACCUUCCGUUCCACACCUCAAAUCAAUGGCCACGCCUGUUGGGAAGAUGGAUAGAGGAAAGAGGAGCUUCCACCAUCCGUGAUCUCCCUGUAACAGCAGCAGGACCCACUUUGUUCCUACCCUGACCGCACACCUGAAGAAAAGAAUAACUGUUUUAAACUCCCUUCUGGGGGAGGAAGGUGCAUACCCUGAGGGGAAAGGAGAUGGGUUGCAUCCACUAGCUGCUUUCCAUCCUCUCCCAUACUUGCCUUACAUCCAUCAGAGAGUUCACUUCUCUCUCUUAAGUGGGUGUGCUAGGGCACCUCCUACUUUUUAAUCUGCAAAAGAGAGGAACUAAUGGAACUUCAAGGUGAUCUCUCUCCAGAGACUUAGCAAAGACCUGUUUGAAGACUGCCAUCAAUCCUGUUCCCAGCUAAGUUACCUUCUGCUCCCCCAAGUCUGGAAUUCUAAUGGUAGGGGAGGGUGCAUUAAUAAUUCUCUUCAUCCCUUCCCCUUCAACCCCCUCAAAAAUAAUCUUAAGCACCUCUUUCUUAGAAGACUUUACCACCUCCACUGCUGCUUCAGCAGGGGCUUCCCCUCCUGAGCUAUAUAACUACAGUACAACAAAUUAAUAGUAAGGCUCUACUUGGCAAUAUUGUGGAUCCCGCAGUAUUAAUUGUAUAAACAUUAAAUGCCUAUAAAAUGUAAAAGACUAAAGUGACUGGACUUGAUUUCUAUAGCAGUUGUGUUAAGACUUUUUUAGACUUCUGAAUUUUAUUUUGUACUUUUUAUUUAUGUAUGUAUUUUAUUUUUUUGGUUAGUGAAUGUAAUAUAGUUGCAGAAAAAUGGCUGGUUUAUUUAAAAAAAAUUAGCAGGCAUAAAAUAAUACUUGAAUAUUUAUAUCG